UAGAAGAAAGUUUGACUUCGUUUUGGUCUCGUAAGCACGCGUCUAGUUGCCUCGCGCUAUUGCACUCGGCAAUAAUGAGGUUUCUUCUUCUGUUCAUUCUCUUCAGUAAACUGCUGUUAAAAGGGGUUAUACUUGGCCAGCCUUCUCUGCAUCCUGAAUCAGUUUAUGCUUGUCCAAAUGAGACAGUCACUUUCACUUGUCAUGGCAGCGAUAUAGUUGCUACUCGGUGGGAACUGGAUCUGUACGCUGAGAAGGAUGCUCUGCAGAUAAAUUUUACCUCCAGCCAACCUGUUGGAUCCCAGGAGACGGUUUACAUGGAUAUGAUUUCUGCCAACCUCUCAGAGGUCACUGGAAAGAAUGAUAAUGGCAGUAGCAGCAGAUAUGACCACUACGCUUACAAUCACAGCUCAUAGAUUACCUAAUAAGACAAACAUCACUUGCCUGACACCAACGGAGGAAAAUGUUAUAACCAAGUCAUCAUCCAUUUUCUACUUUGCUGAUAUACCUCGUUGGAAUAAUAAUAAUUUCUCUUCAUACCAAGAGAAAGGGACAUACUUCACAGCAUUACUAGAGCUAGGAACUAUGUUUGAUGGAGGAGGAGUUCCAAUUGAUCACUACAUUAUUCAAGUGGACAAUGGCACACAGUUGGAAACUACUGGACCCACUUACAGUUUUGACAUCAUGUACAAUACUACACUGUCAGUGAAUAUCUCAGCUCACAACUGUGCAGGAUACAGUGAUUUAUUUCCACUUGAGAUACAGUAUGAUCAAGCCACAGAUAAUAAUGAAGCUACCCCUGAUGGCUCUAAUGGUGGCUCUAAUGGUGGCCUUUGCUGUUCAUUGUUGGAGCUAGCAGGUCUUAUUGGAAUUGGGGUCUUUCUCCUUAUUGUAACAACGCUGGUGACAGCAUUGUCUUUAUACCUUAUUCGAAAACACAGGUCAAAAAAGAAAUCUCACCAUUUCUACAAAUAUCAGAAUGGUGAAAAGUGGGACUAA